UUCCAAAUUCGUUCAAUAAUGCAUAAAAAAUCUGAAUUUGUUAAAAAAAUUACAAAAUACUGUGCAAACUAUGUGAAAUUGUAGAAGAGUAGCAUUGAUUUUGCAACGUUACAAAUUACGUUUGCUUAAAGGUUAUCAAAAAUAAUUUGUAAGAAAAAAAAAAAGAGAAAAAGACGAGUUUUGCUAUUAUAUUCGGUGCUUUUGUAGCAACGGAAAAAUACAACGGUGUUUUGUGUGUACAAUUCAUUAAAAAAGUUAUAAAAGUUUCAUUUGAUAAAAAGAACAGUCUCUUGUUUUUAACAAAAAAUAUUUGAUGGCAAUAACUUUUAAGUACGGUAUUGUUUGAAGAGUGUGCUGCUCUUGUGUGAUCUAAUAACCCAGUUGGAAAAAAAUCAUGUAGUGUUUAAUAUCUUCAAUAGUCGCAUAUAUUUAUUAUGCAUGCUCGUCGAAUAGGUGAAUUAUUGCGAUGCGUAAACUAUGACGUCAUAUCUAUCAUGUAGGAAACCCCUAACAUCUCUGACCAAUGUAUGGUUUCACCAGGAUUAUGUCAUUUUUUAAGCAAACGUUAGCUCAUAUUUUGCAUCUGCUCUAUUGCAAUAAUUUGCGUCGUCUAAAAAAAUAGUUUAUCACCUGGUUAACCAUGUUAACACGCAUGUAAAAAUGCCUACACAAAAGCGAAAUAUACUUUGUUCACUCGUCACCUUGAUCUCCGAGAUCACUCAAGAAGCCCUCCAUAGAAUGUACUGAUGUGAAAAAAGUAAAGAAUUGAAUGAAGUUGGUAACGUUCAUCAGCUAAAUAGAAGAGAUUUACGUUUCAUCAUUUUCUUUUUGUGAUUGGAUGCCAUUUUGUGCGAUAUUGUAUUGUAUGUUUGCCAAGUUUAAUUGAAAUGCUUUUUUACGGUUUUUUUGUUGUUGUGCUUAUUCAAUAAAAUUAUAAGAAUGAAGUCGUUCUUCCAAGUCUUAAGAAAGAACCUUUUCUCGAUCCACCCGUAUUUCUAACUUUUAUGGAACAGUACUGAAAGUACUAGUUCUGCAUACUAAGCCCUUAUGUUACACGAAUUUGCCACCUUGUAUAAAGGGAAUUAGUAUUCAUUUAUUCUCACUCCUGAAAGGAAGAUUUUGUUUUCAAAACAAAGUUCCUAUUGCUUUUAUAUAUUCUCGCAAAGAAUAAGUAAUUUUCAAAAACAAACGGACUCAAAAUUUUUCAUUGGUCAAUGUAGCACUUUCGGGCAAUUUAUCUUCCUGCCGAUUGCCGGCGAGCUGAACUUUAUUGUCGUCUUGAUUUCAUUAACAUUAGAGGUCGUCGCAGUUUUGACGAUCACAUUGUUUGCAUUGUUUGCAAUACCCUUUCAACACCCACUUUCGCCCGUAGCCGCCAGUAUUUUCGUCGAUUAGUAGUCGAACAUGGAUCACGCCUUCAUUUUAUUAACUUUAAUAACCUUGGCAGCUCUUUGCUUUAUUUGCUUUCGUUCCUCUCAAAGCACAGAAGGCAUCCCAUUUCCAAUCUGCGACGUUGAGCUUAUGGUCAAUUUAUGUUUUCAUCGAUUGUCUUAUUAAUAUCAAUGGUCUUCCCAGCUUUGGACAUCAAAAUUCUUUUCAAUUGCCUUUCAGUAUCCACCUUUGUUCAUAGCAUCCUCUUCGUACAGAAAUAAUGCGUCUUUCAAGUUGCGAUGCUUUUCGAACUCGUAUCGGGAAAGGAAUGCCUUUUCCUUCCAUCCUAAAAAAACUAAAUAAAUUUUAUAUAUGUAUAGUAUACAUAGAAUUUUAUGAAUACUUGCAAUGAAUAUCUCGCUAAAAUGUGGACAUAUGUUUCAGCUUUCAUUUAAUUUCCGACAUUAUGUAUAUUCGAAAGAUGAAAAAAAUCGACUCUUGCUAAGCAUCGAAAUUACGAUGAAGGGUUCAAAAUUAUCCAUUUUGAAAAUCGCUUCAAAGUUGUAUUUAUUACUUUUCACAUAACUAACCCAUCCUCCUUAAGGAUUGAUUUCAUAAGACUGAACUAAGUUGAUUCAAGUAUCCAGCGUCUAAGUGAUUUGCAGAGACAGUGAAAAAGAGAGAGAGAGAGAUACGUAUCUUCGUCUGGAGAAACUUUGACACAAUCAUCUUUCAUAUGACUUGGGGAUAUUUUAUGCAAUGUUGAUCUUAUCUAUUGAAUACGUGGACGAAAGUAUAAAAUAAAAUAAAUUGCGAAUAUGAGCAGUUUUGAUAGUGGGAAUGUAAGCGAAAGCAAUCAACAUCAACAAAAAACCAAUUUAACAAAAACAGCAACAAUAGUUAAAGUUGAAAACGCUGAAGACACAGCUGCAAGCAAUUUCAAUAGGACCCAUGAAAAAUUGGAUGAAAACGAAAGAGUAAUAAUAACAUACAAACACAGAGUUGUAGACGAACAGUGCCCGAUUGGCGACAAUAAAAAAAAAGUUGACAAUGACGGCGAACUUGAGGGCGGCAAUUGUGCAAUUACCGGUAGCAAGGACGCCAAUAAGAUAGAGAGAGAUAAUGCGGUAUAUCAAAACGUUAAUCUAAUUGGGAAAGUCCCAGCGAAGGACUUCAAAACUGAUGAAAACCCAUCUAUGGAGUUGUCGGAAACAUUUAGAUUAGGUGUUCCAAUUUGUGGUAAUGGAGAUAACCCCAAUCCGAUUGAAGCACAAUUACCUAUAGAUUGUCCUCCUACCACAAUAUCGAUUCGGGAAGGGAAAUUGUUAUUAGCUGGAGACAAUCUGUCAGUGGAGUCAUCAACUGAUGAGAAGCAAUAUGUUGCGACUGAAAAUAAAAAUUUCACAGAAUUGGAUACGGUAAACGCUAAAUCGAUAGAUGGUGGUGGUCCUGUGUUCAAAUGUGAAUUUAACAAAAGUGUGACAUUGAUGAAAACUUCCUCUCAUACGUCUACGUCUUUGACGCCAACGACAUUACCGCCCUUACCAACUGCGAAUAAGUUUAACAUAUCGCAUACAUCCAGUGACCCUUCAUUUGGUUUGAAAUUACGUCAAACUCAUCAGCACAAUGUUGUAAAUGAAAGCAGUCCCAGUUGGCGACCAGACACUUCUGGACCAUAUAGCAGUGUUGUCAAAUCUGGUACCAUGAGUGAGUCGGCUUCACCAAAUUUGACACGAAAGACAUCAGUUAGUACAGUAUCGUUGCCUAGGCGUGUUUCUUUUCCCAAAAGCGAUAACGAAUUGGUAACCGGCUACUUAGAACCUGCAAAUCCUUGGGAACAUGUAUGCAUGGUUAAAAGCAUAUCCGAAAUUGCCGAACUAUAUGUGACGUCGUGUCAGAAGCACAACACAAAACCUUUGCAGUGCGUCUUGGAACAUCUUAAAGGCGUCGAUUUGCAAAAUCAAUUGAGGCAACCGCUCCUGUCGUUAAAAUCAGUAAAACUCAGACCAAGCGACUGUGAAGCAUUAGAAGAAGUUUUUAAAAGGGUGCAGUACAAAUCAAUCGACCUCUCAAAUUGUGAAUUGGAUGAGACGGCAGCAAGUGCUAUCUUUGAAAUGAUAGAAUAUUAUGAGGCCACUAAUGAAUUAGAUAUUUCGUCGAAUCCUAGUGGUAUGACUCAUCGCGGAUGGGUAUCGUGCAAUUAUAUGAUUGGUCACAGUCAGGAACUUCAGGUGCUUAAUGCAGAAGGAAAUCCAAUUUCAAAAAUGAGUGCCGAUAAUUUGGGUAGUGCGUUAAGCACGUCAAAUUUACAUACGUUAAAAUUAGAACAUUGCGGCCUCCGGGGAUCGCCUUUAUCUAAUUUGAGCUUCAAAUUACGACAUAAUCGUACGUUGAAAGAGCUUUGGUUGGGUUACAACGAUUUGGAUUGUAAUGAUGCCGAUGCAAUAGCAGAACUGUUAAAGGUGAAUCACUACUUAGAGUUAAUCGACGUAAGCAAUAAUAAUAUGAGAGACGAAGGCUUACGUCAUAUUGUCAUGGCGUUAAUUAUGCAGUCGAAGGAAUUGGAGAGACGUAGUACAUUUAAACGUACGGCAGCAAUCGAUGAUGAUGACAGCGCGCUUCAGGCAGAACCAUUGUUCCAAGAUGAUUUGAAAAGUUGUAAGAAUGAAUGGAAAUCUAAUGAUAGAGUGUCACGUGAUAUAAGCAGUCCUGAGCCAUUAGAAACUAGAGACGAAAAAGAUGAAGAUAACUAUGUCUCAAGCAUUGAGAGCGAAAUUCAAGUAUCGCAAAGUGAUGUGCGGAGUGGAGGAGGUGAUUGUGAUAUGAGAACUAAUGAAAGAGAAUUUUUGGAUAAUCCAUCCAUAUUAGAAGAAAUCGAUGGAGACGAGGACACCGAAGAUACAAUUCGAUCCAGCACCGUAAAGAAUUCCUCGCAAAAUAGCGGCCAAUCGAUGCUAGACAAAUUGCUAUCAAUGAACAGUGAAAGCAGCAGUGAAGAUGGAACUUCUAACCUUUCCACAGAUACAUUAGCAGCUUGUUGCUCGGAAGAUACAAGUCUAAUUUCAGAUGAUAUACUUGAUGCGACAACAAACAUCUCUAUUUCAAACACAAAUGCAAAUAUUAAAGCACAAACAUCAGAAGAAAGCAAUAUUGCUCCAUUUACAAUGCAGCCAACUGGUGCAUCAUGUCCCAAUUUAAUUCAAUCCACUUCAAUGGUGUUAUUAGACACAUUGGAUGAUUACAAAAGUAGAAGGGAUGAUAGCUCCAUUUCAGUCACGUUAGGACCAUCAACUGUAGAUACCAUUUCCGAAAGCCAAAACAAUAACCUAACAAAUAACAGCACUAGUCCAAAAAACAAUCGAUUGAAUAACAAUAUUGUUGCCGCUAGCGAUCAGUCGGAAAUAUUCGAAGUAGCCGCAGAAGAAGGCUAUUGUAUACAUUCAAGUGGUGCUGAUGUUAGUUCUAAGGAACAUCAAUCUCUUAUGCAGCAUCAUUCUGCCAGCAAAGCUUUGGAUGUAAAUAAAAAUACAAAAAUAAUUGAGGAUUUCGACGAUACACACAGUACGGAUUCAGCUUUUGAAAGUGCCUCCGAAGGUGAUAUAAGUCGACAUUUGCCUGAAGAUUUUACCCGCUUAUCUACAUCACUAGAGAGUUCUCGGCUGGAUGUUUUAGGAAAAGAACCUGCUAUAGAAACGGCGACUAUUGCCUCUGAAUCGAAUGAGUGUUUAAUAGCAGCAGCAGUAAGUGCAACGACUGCUUGCACGCUAACGCCUUUUAAUCCACCUUUUGCAAGAAUACAAAAGCAAUUAGCAGAAUGUGAGCGAUGCGUGAAUAUGUCUGCCAGUAAUUCUUGUCUGUCCACCUCGCUUCCUGAUACUACGACAGCAACGCCCACCGUUAAAUUAAAUUUUGGUUCUUUAGAAGAAAGUACGAACUUGUCGGUCGAACCUAUUCGAGGAAUUAAGGAAAAUAUACCUAAAGUUACCAUUUCUGAAGAUAAUAUGACUUUAAAAACGAAAUCUAUUGGCGGAAUAAUGCCCACUUGCAGUCCUACACCGCCUCCACCUUCUACAUCUCCGGGCGGUUCUAGUAGCGGCUUACGGCGAACGGAGUCUUCUUGUGCCUUUCUAACUCAAUCUUCUCGAACGUGCUCUCAAAGCACGGACAGUUUGAGUAGCGAAAAUUCUUUGGAUGGCAGUAUAGGCAGCGGCGAUAUAAAUUUUUCUUCCUCGGCGCAGCUUAAUGAAAAGCUAACUAAAAAUGAUACGCUAACACGUCAGCAAAGGCAGAUGGACGUUUUGACGGAGAGUACACAUCGUGCUCCGAAUGGUUUAAAAGCCUUGUCUAUUUGGAAUAACAAUCUGACAAAAGAGGCGGGCCUUUAUAUUUCGGAUCUGUUGGCGGAGACAGUCUCUUUGGAGCUACUCAAUAUUGGCAAAAAUUGCCUAUCUAAUGACUUUGUUUCGUCCAUUAAAGAUAGUCUCACUAAAAAUACGACGUUAACUACGUUAGGGUUGCAAAGCGCGCACCUCAGUGCUAAAGGUAUAGAGACAUUGUCCUCUAUACUGACAUUUGGCGGCAACAGCACCUUGCAACGUAUUGAUAUACGUGACAAUAAACUCGAGGUGGAGAGUUUAACUACAAUUGCUGAAGUGCUCAAAUCAAACACAACUAUUACUCAGAUUGAUAUUGACGAUGAGUCCAAACGAUUAUCGGUUGGUAGCGAUGCGCAUUUGGAUUAUGCACGUGUUUUAGAAAAUGUGCGGUCUAUGUGCUCCCGAAACGAAAAAGCCCAAAUUCAAAUGCAAGCUGAAAGGACUAUUGCCAAUACUGUUGGAAGGAAAAGAGGAGGUUAUUAUUUGGGAUCGCGUAAAAUAUCGUUAACCUGUCACGGUCGACCAAUUGGUGAGAAUAUUAAUAAAAAUGUGACGGGAGGACCACAACUAUCGAACAGUAAAUUAGAAGUGAAACGCAAACCAGGAACACGUUUGCGGUCCCCAGUACCCAGUCCUCCAUCUGUGUCGCCCUCCUCUUCUCCUAACCGAGCUAGCCGCUUUCAAGUUUUCCGUGUGGUAGAAGUUAGUCCGCUCACAUCACCAAUGGGUCAAAAAACACUUGGUGGAAAUGUUACGAAAGCGGCGUCUAGUAGCAGCGUCUCAAUACCUGCGACGGAAGGAAACUAUCAGUCUCAACAUUACCCAUCUUUAAGUACUCUUUCGUUGCCCACCUCCUCUUCUUUGCCGUCGAUGACUACGAUAUCUUCGUCAACGCAAUCUAUUAAGCGUUUGUCGAUUUCGCCGCGAUCCCGUUUUCAUGUUAAGAAAAUUUACGAGGAUCCUAUGGUACCAUUGGCUCAUCGAACAGUACCGCCGAUUAUUCCUCCUAUAACACCACUACACGCUUCUAAUGCGAUUAAAGGUACAAAGGAAAGCACAAACCCUAAACUAGAUAUAAACAAUGUAGAGUUAGACACUAAAGUACUUCAUAAUUUACCAGAUUUAGUGCCAUCUUCUACGACCUCUGCUUUUUCAUCAACGUUUACAACUACCAACACGUAUUCUCUUCCGACGACGUCGUUAUCUCUCGCCACCAUAUCGCCUUUACAAUACACUGUUGCACCUAAUGCUGUCGUAAAUGAUAUCAAAACUGAACAAAGUACAAAUACAACUAUUACUAUAAGUAGUAAUGUUGACGCUCACGCGGAAACGAAUAAUAUUAUUCCCUCACCUUCAACAUUAUCAUCAAUAUCGGCGUUGUCGUCUUCGUCUUCAUUGUCAGCUUCGUCCUCCUCAUCGACUUCGUCCUCAUCUACUUCGCCCGCAAGCAAUGUUGAUAGCAGUGACGUGUCUUCGGUUGCCUCCAUUGAGGCUGCAAGCCAACAAGAGUUGGUAGCAUCUGGCCAAUGUCCGCUCGCAGUAUUUAGUGACAACGACAUUACGCUAACGAAGAAUACAGUGAAUGAAGCGUUGGUCAAUGCGGCUGCAGCAUCAAUGAUAGCAACUAAAGAAAGCAGUUCUUUAAUCGAUAAUACGGAUACAGCAUCCACGUCCGAGGACAAUGUUACACCACAGUCAACGCAACGCGUUCGGAAAGUGUCUUGGAUAUCAAAUCCAACCGCGGUAGACAAACUUCUAACUCUGUUUCACAAUCCCACAACGAUUUUCCAGCGCAGCACAUCACCCGAAUCUAAAUCCGCGCCGAAUACACAAACAAAUCCAUCUACAUCGAAUGCUGCAGAGACUACAUUAGCGAUUCAACCGCAAACGGCGAAAAGUUUACUACCCUUGCGUAAACAAUCUCCGCCUUCGUGGACGAAGUUGAGCACUGACAUAUUAAACGCCACAAGUUGCGGCAAUGUUGACGUAGCGAAUACAACAACUGUGACAACUGCAGUUGCAAGUACUGCAGUUGCAGAGCAAUCUAGAUCGUUUUUGGAUGCAGCCUCUAAACAAUUUCGUGACUUCAGCAAACAAGUAUUUCGACAAAAUUUAUCAUUUGGCAAUGAAGCGAUUACCACCACAUUAACUACAACUGUUACGACAACAUCAGUCAAUAAUAUUGGAUGCAGUGCCUCUGGCCUUCUUAGUAGCAGUAUAAGCGCAACAACUUGUACUGGAUGUCCUGGUUCUAUUGAGUGUGAUGCCGGCCUUAUACCCACCGAUGUAAAACAGGAAAUUAAAGAAAAUAUUUCCCCGGAACACACCGUCAACGAAGAAACGAUACAUAGUUUUCAAAAAUUGUGCAGCACAACGGAAACAACUGAGCCUAAGGAUAUCGAAACAGCCGUUUUAGAUACAAAAGAUUGUUGCGCGAAGAAAGGAAACGAUGGUCCUCAAGAAGAACCAUCUACGCACAAUACUUAAGGAAUAUAUAAGGAGCAAAUACAAAAUAUCUUUCAAUCACAAGCAAACAAACAUAAUCACUUAAUCACAUGCAUAGAAACACAGUUUUUAUUGUAUGUUCUUUUUGUUUUGGCUAAAAAAACAAAUUUUUUUUUUUGUGUGGCAACAUUUUUGUUUGAAACAGAAUAUCUCCUUUCCUUUCAUUCUCAUGCCUUCUAUCCAUUUGGCGCGUACACAUUUUUCUAUCCAUGUAAAUUGUUGUAAAAUUAAUCCUUCAAUGAGUGAAGAUAUGUGUAUUUACUGCGGUUAGCUCUUAAGCUU